GACCGAGGAUGAAACAGCGGAAGAUUCAAAAUGAAGAUGGCGGCUGAAGGUGAUCCGCAUAACAAUCCCAAACUUGGUCGAAGUGCCACGAAGUGCAGUGUGGUGAUCAGCCAGGAAAAGACAAGCCAACCUGUCAUCUUUAACCCGGACUUCUUUGUGGAGAAGCUGAGACAUGAACAUCCACAAGUUUUCACGGAUCUGAUGCUGAGCAACAUCACUAGGCUCAUAGAUCUUCCAGGGGACGAGUUUGCACAACUUACUGGAGAGACUGAGCCUCGGCUUCCCUCCCACAGUGGGUUUUUACGUCCAUUCACCUUCCUGAAACGGAAAGAAAAAGGAGUGGUUUUUGGUGCACCCUUAACCGAAGAAGGAAUAGCACAAAUCUAUCAGCUCAUUGAAUUCCUGAGUAAAAACCUUCAUGUAGAGGGGUUGUUCCGUGUGCCAGGUAACAGCCUGAGGCAGGCUGCUCUGAGGGACAUGCUUAACACCGGUGCAGAAAUAGAUCUCGAGACAGGCGACUUCCACCCCAAUGAUGCCGCCACGCUGCUCAAAACUUACCUGGGAGAACUGCCUGAGCCCCUGCUCACACACAGGCACUAUCAUGCUCAUCUGAAGAUUGGAGAACUGACUCGCUUUGAUGACAACGGAGAUAAGACAAAGGUGCCCGCCAAGGAACGUCAGAUCGAGGCUUUGCAGUUGCUUUUCAUGCUGCUCCCACCAGUGAACCGCAGCCUGCUAAAGCUUCUGCUGGACUUAUUGUACUACACUGCUCGCAAUCAGAGCACCAACAAGAUGUCUGCUAUUAAUCUGGCAACAAUGUUUGCACCACACAUCAUCUGGCCCAAAAAUGUGACAGCAAGUGAUCUGCAGGGAAACAUGGAGAAGCUUAACAGUUGCAUCGUGUUCCUCAUUAGGCACUCUCAAAAACUGUUCAAGGCACCCGUAUAUAUCAAAGAAUAUGCCUGCUUAUACUUCACAGGAUCAAAAACUCUGCAGUCAAAGGACGACCUGAUGCUGUGUUCUGGGGAUAAAGUUGGUGUAGCAGACAUCUCAUCCUCCGCUUCGGCGCCAGUAGUUGGUGGCCAGGUCAGUAGGUCAUGCACAGUCGGGUCAACUGAGAGUUACACUGAAGCUGCCCUCAGAGAGCUGUACCAGCAGGUCAACAACAUGCCUGAAUCGGCCAAAAAGAAGAAACUAAUCAGACAGUUUGAAAAGCAGCCUUUGUUGGUACCUGCGACCGACUCACGCUCACCCUUCAUCAGGAAACAUUGGCGGUCACGCUCCUUGGGUGGAAUUAUCAAGAAGAAGGUGUUGGGAAGCCAAAUAAUAACAGGGAAAGAAAACCACAAACAGACUCCUGUUCCCAGCAUUGACCAGGGCAGACUAAAUCCCGCCUGUGCAGGAGACUGAUCGUUCUUCAGGAAUUUGCACUUCGCCAGCUGAGGAUACACUGGUUUCUCUGUGAAUAUUAAAGGGUUGCUCUUAAGCUCUCAGCACAAAGUGUGCUGCAGCAUGUAACUUUAUUUUUAUACUGUUUAAAUCUACACUUUUCAGUUUUUAUGAUUCUGACCAAACUAAACCAUCUGUUCGUUGAAGACAUGUAAAUCUUUCUUAAGCCAAGGGGUAUAUCAGGGAAAGGGUUUUAGUGUCUCGGACACUAACCAAUUUGACCAGUAACCCAUAAAAUAAUAGUUCCCGUUGAAUGUUUUUUUUUUCUCUAGAUUUCCUUAAUUCUUGAUAAUUUCUGCAUUAUGAGAUUGACACAUUCAUACUGUCACACCACAGGCAUUAAGUGUGUAAAAUAGGAACAAAAACCCUUAGUUGUGUUUGUUUAUUUUUUUGGUCAUUUUUGAUGGGUUCCAGUGCAUAAGGUGCAUCGAUACAUGCAGUGAACUUGAUUGCUAGCUUUUACAUUUCAAUUGUUUUUGAGUAACACAAAAUAGGCUUUUCAAAACUAAAGAAAAGUGAUGAAUUCAAAGAUGUGCCUUAAACCCAAAUGCUUUGUGUGGUGCAAUUUUAACUUAAGUACAUAGUUUUCUGUUUUGUUUUUUAUCAUUUUUAUAGCGUAUCGUUUAUAGCUUUAACAACAUCUAGUAGAUGCUGUUGCAGAUUUUUUCUUUUUUUUCUUUUCAAAGUAAAAGUGCAGGAUAAUCAAAAGUGAAAAUGAUAAUCUAGUUUCAAUGAAAAGAUGUGGUUGCUGUUGGGCAAAUUACUCUUUUGUUUUUUUACAACAUUAAAUAUAAUUUACUUUUUGCAAUAACAAAGAAAACAAUUUAAUCUGGAUGCGAAAACAAAUCUACAACAUGAUCUGAAUUUGAUGAGACAUAAAACAAAAUAGUUUGUGUAAAUACACACACCCUUUAAUAAAAUACAAGUGCAUUAUCACUAAAUGUAAGAUGGAUACAAGAACAUUUCAACAUUGCUGAACAUCACCUGGAGCUCCACUGCUCAAUUAUAAAAGGAAAGAGAAUAACACAACAUUUUUAUUUUAGGUCCCAUGUAGAUUUUUCACUUUGACAUUAAAGCGUGGUAUUAUUUUGGAAAUAUAAUUUUUUUUUUUUAAUGUUCUAAAAAUGUUCAAAUUUUCCUAUGGUUGCCCACAUAUUUGCAUUCAACUUUGUCAAGGAGCAAUAAAAAACAGAAUUACCGUUAUUUAUAUAUACAUACAUACUUUUUUUUUUUUUUUUACUUUAGCAAAACUUGUGAAGUGAUGAUAUUGCUAAAUAUUUUGUUUUUCUCAGGAUUUUUAGCAUUGUGUUGGGUUUUAUAGCAGCUGUGUGUCUUUUCCAUCAGUGCAAAAUGUUUUAUUUUUGUAAAUUUUUAUUCUUUUAACAUGCAGUAUAGUAAGAAAAUUCAGAUGAAAGUUCGGCUUUUAUGGUUGCUCUUAGACAUUUGAAACACCACUUUGCUCUUUCAUGAAUUUCAAAGAUUUUACUGACAGUUUUUUGUUUGUUGAAGAAUAUCCCUGGUGCACUCUGGUCAGUUGUUUUACACUUGGAGUAGCUGUUUCUGUGAUGUAGCCUCUCUGUAAAGCUGUUACAUUUUUAAAUCACUAUUUGAUAAAUGCAACAUGGUGUAUUAAAUGGACCAUAUAGACUGAUUGCAUUAAAAGCUACUGUGAAACUAUGCAAUUUUUUCCACAUUAAAAGACACCAGACAGUGCAUGUUGUCUGUGUACUUGAAUUGUAAAAAAUUGUAUGCAGAAGUAAAAUGUGACAUUAAUGAAAGCUGUUACUUGGAUAUGUCC